AUGAAAAAUCAGGAAUUAAGGAAAAUUCUAGGUAUGGGCAUUGCGCUGCUUGCUUUCUUUACCAUGGCGUGCGAGGGAAGCGGAAAUCCUUGCAGUAAGGAUGAUGCCAGCGCUAAUGCUCUGUCUACUGGAGGAAAAAGAAAAGGACAGAAAACAGACAGUUCCAUGGAUGCGCCUGCAGAUGAGCCUAAAUUCAAAAACAGGAAAAAGAAGAAAGAAGAUGAUCCGUCGAAGGAGGCGUCGAGUGCCAGCUGUUCGCAGCAGGAGAUUGAAAUCAUGAUGGAGGACAGCGAGCAGCCAGCUCUGGAUGAAGAAAUGUCAGAGCCUGAAGAGACAGGAGAAGAUAAACAGGAGGGCUUAAAACCAAAAAAAAUUGACAUUAGGCUGUGGAAAGUCAGAAGACUGGAGAACAAAAGGAGAAAGGGGUACAAGGCAACGCACCAAGCCAUAUACACCACCUCUUUUUCUGAUGAGUACAUAGCCCGGGAGGCAAAAAUGAAGUGCUAUCAGGAAAGGCUGAAAAACGACAUUAAAGUCUUUUCAACAGAAAUUGCCCCUUCGAUAACAGAGAGCCCGCUGUGGUAUUUUAUUGCAAUUUUGUCUACAAACAUAAAGACAAAGUACAGAGAUCUCUGGACACUGAAUGCGCUGUUUGCGGACAAGAAAGAUGAUGAGUACAGGAAAAUAGUAGAGAACCUUGACGGAUACUAUCCCGGUUUGUUUGACGACCUGAUAGCGUAUGUGAAAAAACACCAGCCAAUGAGAACAAAGAAAAAAGACCCUUUGACAUACUGGAGAGAAACCUUGGGCGAUGUCUAUAUACGGAAAGAAAUUGAGCCAAACUUCCACAUGCUGGAAGGCCAGAAAGAGAUCUGCCAGAUAAAUGGAAAAUACCAUGGAAUAGUGCACGCAGUCCGCAUGAUUCUGAUGCUGCCGGAAGUGUACGAAGACUUUUCCAAAAUGAGCAUAUACCACCUGUCCAAGACCCAAACAUCUGACGACCCGCUUGCAGAUAAAAAAAACAAAAAAAUUCUCAUGGCACUACACGGCAUAGUUAAAAGAAUAAAAAAUAACGAGGAACGCACAGCCAAUGUGUACAAAGAGCUCUACAACUCUUUUACACAGAUAUACGACGCGGAUAAAAUGUUGGAGAUAAGUGCCACUGACCUGUACAAAGAUAUUUAUACAGCUCUCGGGAAGUUCUAUGAAGAAGCAGAGGUUUUUGAUGAAAAUAAGUAUAUUCUCGCAGGGAAGCCUGUGAUAAAAAACCAGAAAUAUGCGAAAUGUGUAGUAAAGUCAGAUAUACUCUCAGAGGAUCUGGAUAGACGAGUUCUAAGCGCAGAAUACGCAUCUGAGGAGGGCAGAUGGAAUGUUUCACUCAAUGUGCAUAAGCACUACCACGUGUACUAUGUUGACAACACAACAAACCAGGUCAGACUGCUCUGCAUGCCCAUACACCAAGAAAGUGAAAGCAAGGAAGAGCUGUACCUGCACACAAUUAACGACAUAGUAGAGCAUAUAAAUGAGCUGUAUCAAAUAGACGCAGACUCAGGCCAAAUACACCCUUUUAAGGUGAAAAAAGGGACUAGGAAGUGGUCGUACAUCAAAGGGAAAGAGAGAAAACAAACGAUGAAAGACUUUGCAGAAUACGAAGUAGUCUUCUACCGCAUUGAAGAAGACCCAAGCGUAAAAAAGUUCACGUUUGCAGAGUUUAGGCCUUUGGACCUGCAUGAGAAAGGGUGUAUCUGCAUUCCUUUGUUUCUUACUCCUCUGGUGCAAUUCGCAGUCAAAUUGGGGCCUUUUAACAAGAGAGAAGAACAUGAAGAGAUUGAAUCGAUAGAGUUUGAGGAUAAAGUGCCUAGCAUCUACGAGUACAACAACAAGAACAAGAAAAAGGGGUUUUCCAGUGUGCACAAAUACUACAGCAAUCUAUACAUACUGCCGGACGCAGAAAAGAAAGUUUCUGUAGACUGCUACACCAUGGAGUGCCAGAGCGUUAGGCAGCAAGAUAAUACUAUUGAGGCUGUGUGGUAUGUGAGAACACCCGAUAGCGUGGACGAGUGCACACACUUCAUACCAGAUGAGACUUUCAGAAAAAAAGAAAACUUGGAAAAGUUUAACAAUUUUAUCGAAACAUUGAAGUCAAGGGAAUAUAAUAAGGGAAGCGAUCUGCAGGGCUUCUGGCUAAGCACUGACAGCACAGGGGAUGAAAUGGCAGAAAACACGGCUGAUGAAAUGCAUAUAUGGCUGCCAAAUAGAAAAUGCGAUAGAAGUAUGGCCAAAAAGACCCUGAAAGACUACCGCCUGGAGAUCAGCUUGACAAAAGAAAAGAUAAAAACAGUAGAGAACGAGCAGCAGAAGAGUUCGGAAGAGCUAAGCAGCUCUGAAGACGCAGUAGAGGUAGCGAGAAGAAAGAAAUCGGUGAACUCUUCGAAAAACUACACAAAAAAGAAGCUGAAAAUCCUGUAUCAAAAUCUAUACAUAAAAAGAUCUGAAAGGCCGAACACCCGCAUGGAGCUCAUAGCAUUCCGCAACGUGAACAACAGCAAGUCCAAUAUAGGAGCAAACAACGAGAUUCUUGACAUCUUAAUCACCCGUUACAACCACAUGUCGCCGCGUAUUAUUGAAUAA